UUUUGGAGGUGAGGUCGAUUUCAUGUUCUGACACUUCUACUUCUCCUUAUUCAACAAACAGUUGCAGGAGCCUGGUGGAAAACGGCUUGGCUUUAGUGAGACGGCGUUUGGUGGAUGUCUUUGGAGCCUUACCCCAUCCAACAUUUCAUAUGGAACUGAAUCAGUCUUCAGGUCACGGUGAUGGAGCCACAUUGUUGGGGGAGACCAGCUGCCCACUGAAAUUCACUGAGGACAUUUCGUUUGGGUGCUGUUCCUGCACCUAUGUCACCAGAGAUCAGCGUGGAAUUGUGCGCCACCUGGCUGCCCAUGGUGAUAAACAAUCCAAGUGCCAGAAUCCUUUUAUGUCUGGCUCGAAGUCCCAACUGCUUGGCAACACUCAAAAGCACAAGAGUGAUAAGCCAUUUAAGUGCAAGCUUUGUCCCCAAGAGUUUGCUUAUAAUUCCCUUCUGACCUGUCAUAAUCGAACACACAGUGGUGAAAAGCCAUUUAAGUGCAAGCAGUGCCCCCAAGCCUUUGCUCAAAAUUCUUAUCUGCAAAUUCAUAAUCGAGUGCACACUGGUGAGAAGCCAUUAAAGUGCAAGCAGUGCCCCCAAGCCUUUGCUGAUUAUUCGUCUCUGAGAAUUCAUAAACGAAUUCACACUGGUGAACACCCAUUCAAGUGCAAGCAGUGCCCCAAAGCCUUUGCUGAAAAUUCCCUCCUGCGACGCCAUAAUCGGACACAUACAGGAGAAAAGCCAUUUAAGUGCAAGCAGUGCCCCAAAUCCUUUGCUCAAAAUUCCCAUCUACAAAGCCAUAGUCAUUUGCACACUGGUGAGAAGCCAUUCAAGUGCAAGCAGUGCCCCAAAGCCUUUGCUCAAAAUUUCCUUCUGACCCGCCAUAAUCAAAUGCACACAGGUGAAAAGCCAUUUAAGUGCAAGAUUUGCCUCAAAGAGUUUGCUCAUAAUUUCCUUCUAACCUCUCAUAAUCGAGCACACACCGGUGAAAAGCCAUUUAAGUGCAUGCAAUGCCCCAAAGCCUUUGCUCAAAAUUACCUUCUGACCCGCCACAACCAAAGACACACUCAGAAGCACAAGAGUGAUAAGUUGUAUGAGUGUAAGCUGUGUCCUGAAACCUUCACCCAAAGUAACAGUCUGAUCUACCACAGUCAAACACACACAGGUGAAAAGGCAUUUAAGUGCAAGCUUUGCCCCCAAACCUUUGCUGAGAAUACUAGUCUGAGACGCCAUUACCAAACACACUCUGGUGAAAAGCCAUUUGAGUGCAAGCAAUGCCCCAAAACUUUUGUGAGAGAGUCCCAUCUGCGAAGCCAUAAUCAAACACACACUGGCAAAAGGCCAUUUAAGUGCAAGCAGUGCCCCAAAGCCUUUGCUGAAAAUUCCCUCCUGCGACGCCAUAAUCGGACACAUACAGGAGAAAAGCCAUUUAAGUGCAAGCAGUGCCCCAAAUCCUUUGCUCAAAAUUCCCAUCUACAAAGCCAUAGUCAUUUGCACACUGGUGAGAAGCCAUUCAAGUGCAAGCAGUGCCCCAAAGCCUUUGCUCAAAAUUUCCUUCUUACCCGCCAUAAUCAAGUGCACACAGGUGAAAAGCCAUUUAAGUGCAAAAUUUGCCUCAAAGAGUUUGCUCAUAAUUUCCUUCUAACCUCUCAUAAUCGAGCACACACUGGUGAAAAACCAUUUAAGUGCAUGCAAUGCCCCAAAGCCUUUGCUCAAAAUUACCUUCUGACCCGCCACAACCAAAGACACACUCAGAAGCACAAGCGUGAUAAGUUGUAUGAGUGUAAGCUGUGUCCUGAAACCUUUACCCAAAGUAACAGUCUGAUCUACCACAGUCAAACACACACAGGUGAAAAGGCAUUUAAGUGCAAGCUUUGCCCCCAAACCUUUGCUGAGAAUACUAGUCUGAGACGCCAUUAUCAAACACACUCUAGUGAAAAGCCAUUUAAGUGCAAGCAAUGCCCCAAAACUUUUGUGAGAGAGUCCCAUCUGCAAAGCCAUAAUCAAACACACACUGGCAAAAGGCCAUUUAAGUGCAAGCAGUGCUCCCAAGCCUUUGUUCAAGAUUCCCAUCUGAGAAACCAUAAUCGAAUGCACACUGGCGAAAAGCCAUUUAAGUGCAAGAAGUGCCCCAAAGCCUUUGCUCAGAAUUCCUAUCUGAUAAGGCAUAAUCGAGUGCACACUGGUGAAAAGCCAUUUAAGUGCGACCAGUGCCCCCGAGCCUUUACACAAGAUUCCCAUCUGCGAUCUCAUAAUCGAAUACACACCGGUGAAAAGCCAUUUAAGUGCAAGCAGUGCCCCAAAGUCUUUGCUCAAAAUUCCUAUCUGAGAAAGCAUAAUCUAACACACACUGGUGAAAAGCCAUUCAAGUGCAAGCUGUGCCCCCAAGCUUUUGCUCGACAUUCCCAUCUGCAAAGCCAUAAUCGAAUGCACACUGGUGAAAAACCAUUUAAGUGCAAGCAGUGCCCCCAAGCCUUUGCUCAAAAUUCUAAUCUGCAAAGCCAUAAUCGAACGCACACUGGUGAAAAGCCAUUUAAGUGCAAGCAGUGCCCCCAAGCUUUUGCUCAAAAUUCCAAUCUGCGAAGCCAUAAUCGAAUGCACACUGUUGAAAAGUGCCCCAAGACUUUUCUCUAAUACCAGUCCGAUCCAUCAUUAUCAAACACAGUGUUUAAAAGCCUUAAAAGUGAAAAGAACGCCCUAAAAGCUUUGCUCGGAAUAGUAGUUUAUCUGCCAGAACCGGAUGGACCAUGCAGAAUGCCUUGCAGUUGACCCAUAAGUUAAGCCUACUUCGUGUUUAAUCACUUAACUCGUGCAGAAAUUGAUGCCAUUUCAAUCGAAGCAUACAUAUUCCGGACUGCAAGAUAGGUCCCAAAGCCUUCGCUUGGAUUAGUACUUGAGCUCGCCACACUGAAGUACCUAUGCGCAAUAAGUCUCAAGUUCCAGCAGCAUCCCAGGGCAUUUUCUAAGUGGUCUUAUCAAGCACAUGCUAACAGAUGAGGUUGACGAACCCUGAGGGCAAUUGCAUAGAGCCUGCAGCAAGUAGGCCUUUCAUAUGCCAGAAAUAUCCAAGAGGCUUUGAUGGGAAUUCCAGCUUGCUUGGCCAGUUAGACUGUGUACACAGGGCCAGACUACAGGGCCUUGCUCUUAAGCCUGUCCUCCAAACACCACUGUUUUUUCAUCACAAUAAUGUAUUGGGCAGUAGGAAAUGAUUCUUUGCCAGCUGGGAUCUAGAGGCUGGGUCAAUGAAUUAGAGAUAUUGUUUAAUGUUUUUUAGGGCAGGCUACUCUGUGUUCUACACCUGAACAUACAUUGGGGGUCAUGCUUUAGUUCUUGUUCCGAGUUCUUUUCCAUUCACUCGAGGUGUUCUCCUUUGAGGUAUGGUCUAACAUGCUUGUAAAGAAUGUCGUCAUUGUUUUCUUUUGAUAUCACUCCUAUCGUAAAACACCACAGAAGCACGCGUUUCAUUCAAGUGCCCACCAUUAACAUUUCCCAAACUUGGGAACUCUACAAAUUAUACGUUAAGCGCCCAAUUUGGCCGGACAAGUGCCCAUGUCUAGGCUAACCCAGUUUUCUGUGACAGUGUGGUGGCACUCCUCCAGUAUUUUAUGUUACGUGGAAGGUACAAAUUUGCAGAAAGUAAACGAGCUACCACAAUUCAGUUCUGCUAUUAAAAUGAUAAAUAAAAGGUAGGAAAUUUCAGUUCCGACGCUAUUGUACAUCUUUCAUCUGUUGUAGAAUUUAGUACUGAAGUAAGUGCGAAGUAACUUUGUUUCAAGAUUUUUAUUUUGAUGCCUCGUAGCAUGCCAAGACUUCAUUUUAGCAGUUACCUCGGUGGGGGACCAAUUGCCAAGUGUGUGUGUGUGUGCUUGGCAGUGCUUUCUGCUGCCGACUGGGGCAUGGCUAGUUGAAUACCUGCACUGCUCAGCAGGUUUUGCUGUAAAUUGACAUUGUACCUAUCUUUGAUACUAUGUAACGCCCCUUUAGGACUGAAUUGACGAAAGGUGUUGAUAAUUGGAACUAACGCACUCGUAGUGUUUUCACGUUCCUUCCCUGCACUGGCAUAUUCAUUAUCACGUAUCUAUACGACAUCUGCCUCGAGACAUGACUUUGUAUACCAAUCAGGUGGUCACAAUAUUCUAUUGCUUUGUGUUCUUGUUUUUGACAGUUGUUUCCCUGUUGCCUGCCUUUGCGUGACAAUGUCUUAGAUCGUAAGUGCGACUGUACACCAGACAAUGCCUAUUGCUUACUCCUUAUAUAAUGCACUGUAGUAGUUUGUCUCUACCCUUCCUUGAUGGCAGAAACUCUUACGAGGGGCGUACUAUAUUGAUUCACAAUUUAUUAUUUUGCUGCAAUUACCGGUCAGUUAGAGGGCGACAGAUAGGUCCACCUCCUCGGCAGAUUAUUCCUACAGCAGACUGCACUCUCAUCACCAAAGGGGCGGGUUUUUCAUGCCCCACUGGAACCACUUUUUAGAAGUGCAUUGCAGCUUCACUUGGACAGCCACUUCCAGCUAAUCAAUGACCACAAAAUGGCAUCCUCGCAAAGGUUUCUUGAUGGCCUCGUUCAGGCGAUAACCACUCAAGCCAGAUUCGACCGGACACAUGCACGAUGAAAAACCUUGUGGGUCGUGGGACGCGUCGUAUAGAUGGCUGAUCCUGAUAGUGCCUUGGUCGAUCACAGUGUUGCAUGCAUUCACGUGAGGCUGGGCUCCGCCAUUGUUCUGACGCGUCGAAUGCCCCGUUAAACAUUUAGUUGUGCCCAACCGGGCCCCCAGUAAUUGUAACCUGUUUCAGAGCCCAUAAAACCCCUAGGACGCCAUUUUGUGCUGGUGCGAUACACUUCCAGAAAAUGGUUCCGGCAGGGCAUGAAAAGGCUGCCACGCAGCUGGUUCAAGCGCAGUCAGCUCUCGGAAGGUUCUGUCGAAGAAGUGGACAUAGUAUCCACUUGGCGCUUGCGGUAGGAUACUGUAUUCUAAAUCGAUAUGGUAUGCCUUUCGUAUAAUUUUAACAGAAUGAUGCGAGUCAGAACAGCCAAGUCUCGAGGAAUACAAACUCGACCGAUUUUGCUUUGGUUACCCUUGAAUUUUUUGUUGCCCAGAGUGUGUUUAUUUCUGCAUCAUGUGAUCAUUUGUAAACAUCUUGAAUCGUGGUAUUUUAAUGCACUAUCAUUCCCUGGUACAUGUGCCGACGUUGGACUGGUUGGAGAACAUGUAUCCAAAGUUUGCAACAUCGCCACGGAACAGUACUGCGGUUCCGCGUAACGCCUAGCGACCGAAGAUCGCCGGCGAAGUCCCCUUUCGUUGAUUUCAGUGCUACGCAGUGGGGGACGGCGGGUGGAUCACUGGGGCGCGUGUCGAUCACUGGGGCGCGUGUCAACCCACCCCGGCCCCCCGUUCAUGCCGCUCUGCGGCAACUGUCAGGGGAUGGCUCGUUACAAAAUAUUAACCCAUCUUGGGCCGCCCAUACAUGGUGCCUCGCGGCGCCCCACCAGCAGCUGAAAUACGCCCUAGUCCCGCUGUCCCCCACCUCACCUCGGUUGCUAGGUGUUUCCAACGCCCUCGGGAGCUCCUGCCGCAAGCUUUGGAGACCCGUGUAAGCACACGGGCUGCAGUUCCGUUCGUUGGCCCGCCAUGCCAUUCAAGACGCGCAGCCGUCUUAGCAUGUCGCCGGGCCGUAAGGCGCCUCUACGGACAUGUAUGCAAAACAACAAAAUGGCUCUGUCAAUUUCUACGCAUGGCACGCAGGUCCUUUAUGCAUAUGUUAAGUGUCUGCUCGCACCAGGGAGAAGAGGAAUUUCGGGAAUGUUCUGCCCCACAAAAGUGCCGAGAGGCAGCAUUCACAAUACUUUUUUUUUAUAUAUAACCACUGCGCGAAAUGCUAGCGCAUUUUUUCGAGAAUCAGCGUGGCAACAACAAUAAUAUCGGCCCAUUUUUUUUUCUUUUGUUUACAUGAAAUGUGCAGAAUAUAAAUGUUUAAUCAGACUUCUGUUUCUCUGAAAUAAAGGUUGACAGUUCAAGCUUUCGCAGUGGUAA